ACGUCAGAACCGAGCGGGAGACAGCUUGUGUGACAGAUAGCGCUGUUCUGGAAAUAACUAGUUAUACGCAGAAAUUUCGAUUUUGUGUCCUGAUGGCGACGGAUGCUGUUGCACAGUUGGCCGACUCUCUGGCAAAAACUCAGGUGACUGAGGGAGAGUUGAGUUAUAAAGGCCAAGGACGCAAAUUCGACAAUGCACUAUCUGUGGAAGAGAUGGUGAAAGAGAUCCAGGAGUUCAAGGGGUUGCAAGCACUCAGGCUGGAGGGGAACACUUAUGGGGUGGAGGCAGCACAGGCCAUCGCUAAAGCCCUGGAGACAAAGAGUGAAUUUAAGUACUGUUACUGGAGUGACAUGUUUACUGGGCGACUGCGUUCUGAGAUCCCUCCAGCCCUGAACUCCCUGGGUGCGGCGCUAAUGACAGCAGGCGCCAGACUGAGCGUGCUGGACCUCAGUGACAACGCCUUUGGACCAGACGGGGUGAAGGGCAUCGAGAAGUUGCUCAAGAGCACUGCCUGUCACACACUGCAGGAACUGAGGCUCAACAACUGCGGCAUGGGCAUUGGUGGAGGCAAGAUCUUAGCUGCAGCGUUGACGGAGUGCUAUAAGCAGUCCAGUGCACAGGGCACCCCCCUUGGGCUGAAGGUGUUCAUCGCAGGCAGAAACCGUCUGGAGAACGAUGGGGCCACUGCCCUUGCCCAGGCCUUCCAGCUGAUGGGUAGUCUGGAGGAGGUGCACGUGCCCCAGAAUGGGAUCAACCACCCUGGGGUAACUGCUCUGGCCACUGCCAUGCAACACAACCCCCAGCUCCGGGUCCUCAACCUCAACGACAACACCUUCACCAAGAAAGGAGCUAUCGCCAUGGCACAGGCUCUGAAACAUUUGCGCAGUAUCCAGGUGAUAAACUUUGGAGACUGUCUGGUGCGUUCCGAGGGGGCUAUAGCUAUCGCAGAGGCAGUCACUGAGGGGCUUCCCAUCCUCAAGGAGCUGAAUCUGUCAUUUGGGGAGAUCACAGGAGAAGCUGCACUGCUGGUGGCACAAUCAGUUGAGGGCAAAGCCACACUGGAGAAACUGGACUUAAAUGGUAACUGCCUGGGGGAGGAGGGCUGUGAUGAUCUCAGAGAGGUAAUGGAUGGCCUGAACAUGGGAGACCUGCUGGGGUCACUCAGCGACGAUGAAGGGGAGCCGGAGGAGGAGGAGGAGGGUGAUGAAGAUGAAGACGAGGAGGAGGAGGAGGGUGAUGAAGACGAGGAGGAGGAGGGUGAUGAAGACGAGGAGGAGGAGGGUGAUGAAGACGAGGAGGAGGGUGAUGAAGAUGAGGAGGAGGAAGAGGACAGCAGUGUGAAUCAGGUUUCCUCUCCUCCGUCAGUGCCCCGAUCCCCAGAUGCCGCCUCCUUCCUCUGCUUCCCCUCCCCCGACAAGCUGCUCAAACUGGGCACCAAGAGGGCCCUGCUCUUUGAACAGCAGGUAGAUGUGGCUGAUGCUGGUAAGACAGCGGAGGCUUUCCUGAAAAUCUCCUCUGUGUACAAUGAGGAAGAUGAACAGGUUAAGAGUGCUGUCCUAGACAGUAUUGACGCAAUUCUCAGGAAAGCCUUCACAAGCCCCUCCUUCCAAGGUUACAACUUUGUAUCAUCGCUGUUAGUAAUGCUGGGACUCCUCAAGAGUGAGGACAAGGUGAAGCCGGUACAUGUGGUGCCUGGUCAUUUGCAGGCCCUGGAGUACGUUGUGCGUCAGGACUACUUCCCCCAGGACCACAUCGCUGUGCUGGAAGCCUUCAUGUCCCGGUAAGGGCAUGAGUGAUGGGCGGCAGCGUAGCUCUCAGACACAUCCAGGCCCUGGAGUCGUGCAGCAGCGCCAGGAACAUCCUCAAGUCCACGCUGGAGCAUUUCAGGCCUGAAAACUGAGUCACACCGGACCGCACAGACUCUCUCACGGACUUAUGAACAGAACAAUUCCCACCCCCAGACAUAAGGGGGCCCUUAGCGCACACAACAAGGACUUAACUGUUGCACUGCAUUCUAUUUCGCCAACUCAGAAGACUCACAGCUGGAGCCUUGCCCAUCAUCUUAUGGACGUACAUUAUUUUAUGGAUGGACCGAUUUGAAAUAUUACAAACAUAAACAUUUGGGAGAUGAAUGGUGUACAUUAUUUUAUGGAUGGACCGAUUUGAAAUAUUACAAACAUAAACAUUUGGGAGAUGAAUGGUGUACAUUAUUUUAUGGAUGGACUGAUUUGAAAUAUUACAGACAUAAACAUUUGAGAGAUGAAUGGUGUAUCCUGCCUCACCUGCAGUGAAAGGACUGAAAUGUGAUCUUAAACACAGGUCCUCUCUCCAUAUUUACCCAAUAAGUAAUGGUUUUAUAUUAAAAAAAGGUUAAAUGGAUAUGAAAUAUAAAUGUGUGAUAUGGGCUGCUGUGGAAAUGUAAUUUUGAUUUUGAGUCAAAAGGGAAUAACUGAAUAAAUGUGUUGAUUUCUUUGUUGCAGCUAUUAAACAGACUAUUUCGGUG